AUGGCGACCACCAUCAGAUUUGGAUCCAGCACUGGCCCUUGCACCACUGGCACUGCUGGGAGAGCACAGUUGGCCGACGAAAUGGAUGGAAAAGGAAACACUGACCCUGAAAAACUCCUCCAGUGUCCUUUUGACAAGAACCACCAGAUCCGGGCCUGCCGCUUCCCCUACCAUCUCAUAAAGUGCAGGAAGAAUCAUCCAAAACUGGCCAGCGAGCUGAAAACCUGCCCGUUCAAUGCUCGCCACCUGGUUCCCAAGCACGAGCUGACACACCACACUGAAACCUGCGAGGACAGAAUAUCUGUGGACACUGAGCAUGAAGGAAACACAAAUGGAUUCAGGCAGGUUCCAGUGAGCACCUGGGUUAACCCCGACAUGUCUGAGGACUGGGACAAAGAGGCUGACGAUAGCGCGGCUCCGUUUGUGUGGGGUGUGAAUACGAUGUUGACUCAAAAAUCCGAGACGAGGCUCACCAACAAUCUCAGCCCCAGUUGUAGAGCACCCGCUACCCUCCCGUGGUCGGGUUAUAGCUCCUAA